UUGUCUUCUUGGGUGCUUUCCUCUCAGAGGAAAAGAAAUCCCGGAACUAAGGCCUGUCCCAGGUAAAACAGUGACUAAAGGAGAACCUCCCUUCCUUCCUCGGCGGACGUGCGAAGGAGCGAGGGAGGGCCUCCGUGAAACAUCAGUUCCAGUGCACGUCACUGCAGAGCGCAAAGGCCCUUACUGCUUUUCCAGGCAAGCCCUUUACUUUUUCAAGCCACGCAAUGAGAAGGGCAUCAUUUGUCCUUGGCUUCCCACCUGGUUUGGGAAGAGUUUUAAAACCUCUCUCCUCCCUCCCAUUUCUCCACUGCUUCCUUUCCGGAGCCUCCCAGGCCAGCCUGUGCUUUCUCCCAUACAGCCCGGGAACACCAGCCCCAGGGGGAGCCAGCCCAUCAACCGGAACGGUUACGCCACCAAGAAGAGUGUGGCUGAGAGCAUGCUGGAUGUGGCUCUCUUCACGUCCGGUGCCGCGAGGCUGAGCGUGCUGGAGCAGGGGCCGUCCUCUCGCUGCCACGCCACCCUCGUCACCCUCAUCAGUAUCUCUCUGCUCUUGCAGGUGGUCGUCGGCAUCCUCCUGGUGGUCAUCCUGUGGCUGAACCUGAAUAAAGUAGAAAGGCAGUGGCGGCUGGACCAGCCCAACAGCGCUGCCACCACCUUGGUCUUCCUCACGGUGGGCAUCAGUGUUUCCAUUAUAGCCUUCGGGGCACAUAAGGCAGGGUUCCUGGCUGCCAGGGCCUCAAGGAAUCUGCUCUGAAACCAGCCUGGGACCUGCGCUAUUCGGAUCACGGUCCACGGUCCACUGGCAUCUGCAGAACCACCUGGGCGCCUGUGAGGCACGGAAUCCCCGGCUCCACUGCAGACCUGCUGUGCCGCAGGUGCACUACGCCACCAGGAGAGUCGUGUGCACGCUGCAGGCCGGGGCACCAGUGCGGCCGCCCUCCUCACUGCCUCUUCUCUGCUUCCCCUGCAGGUGCUGGAACUGCUUCUGUGGCCUUUUUCUCUGAUCUGCCAGGCUCGUGGGCACCGUCCACAGUCCAAGAGCUCCUAAGAGGGCAACAU